AUUCCCUUUUCCCCUCCUCCCCAGCUUCCUUGCAAGGUUUCAUCCCUCUCGGCUCCUAGCAAGUAACAGCACAGACUGUUUUUGUUAAUGCCAACUUGAGGGAAUCUUGGCUGCUUCCUAAGCUUGCCCAAACUGGGCACAGGCCUGCCACCUGAGCCCAAUCUCUCGUUUAACAUCCUAUCUUUCUUCUCAGAUCUUAAAUUUCCGUUAGGGAGGCUCUGCUCAAAUAUUCUUGUUGAAUCAUCCAUUCCAGGGGAGGUUCUGCCAAAAAAUUCUUCUCUGUUCAUCCAUUUCCAGGGGGAGGUUCUGCUAAAAAAUUCUCUGCUACUAUUUCGUUUCCAAGGGGAGGUUCUGCCAAAAUUUCCUUCGAAAUCAGUUUGAUCUCAGGGGAGGUUCUGCCAAAAUCUUGGCCACAUAUAACCAACACGUUUAUCUGUCCUGAAAACAAAAACAGAUAAAUUUGCAAGGUAAAUAAAAGAGCGGUGUGUUCUUGAUGAUAGACUAGCAGAGGAGCCGUAUUAGCGUGUGUAGAUGUUGUUGCUGGUCCUCUGUGAGCAUAUUCACUCCGGAUUUAUGGUCGGCUCAGCGAUCACUCGCCUUGUCCAGUCCUUCUCCGUUGUCUUCCUCUACUGGUUCUACGUCUUCUCCCUAAGCUCCCUUUAGUUGCAGUUCCUUGGUGUUAAACUAAGCCUUUUCUUCUUUAACAAAAUAAUCAAAGCUAGUAAGUGAGGCACCCAGUAACGGUACAACCUGUACUUAUAAGAAAUAAGGGAAAGUGAAAUUGGUGUGCCUACGCCAAAGUUGCUGAGAGGUGACCAUGUCAAGUGGGACCUCGUUUGGGUCGAGCCAGGGGACCCGAAGUUCCAGGUCCGAGGAGGAUUCCCCGGACCUCCGAGCUCAGAUGGAGAAGAGGAGAAAGAGGAGGAAGGAGUCGAACCGCGAGUCAGCGCGCCGUUCUAGGGUGCGGAAGCAACAACACCUCGACGACCUCUCUUCACAGGUGGAUCAGCUGAAGAACCAGAAGCAACAACUCAGCAUGGCACUGAGCAUGACCACCCAGAACCUUGUGGCAGUGAAAGCUCAAAAUUCAGUGAUGCACACACAGAAGGUGGAGCUAGAGACCAGACUGUCUGCCCUAGGAGAGAUCAUCUACUGCAUGAACUCAAUCACCAACGCUACAAAUCCUGUCUCCAUGGGUACCGCAGCAAGCAGUGCCUGCGACAUUUUUGGCACCAGCAGCACAUGGAGCCAGCCCAUAGACUUGUACCAGUGCUUCUAAGGGAAAAUAAGAAAUGAAAGAAUGGUUGAUAUUGUCAUAGAUGGUAGGGCCAAAAUGUAUCAAGUUCUGUUUCAAUCAUGUAGGGCCUUUGUGUCACCAUUGAUGUGUGCCUCUCUCUCCUUAUUGUUUAUUUUGCUGUAAUGGUUGGUGAGAGGAGUGGAAUCAAUGGGUCAGUUCGUCAAAGAAAGAGGCUGGGAAUUUUGUACUGCUCCUGAUGGUGAUGUCUAGCUAGUAAAAUGUGGAUUUCGUGCCUCUUUA